AUGGUACAGAAGUAUCAAUCCCCCGUACGGGUGUAUAAACACCCUUUUGAGUUAAUUAUGGCUGCAUAUGAAAGAAGGUUUCCUACGUGUCCUCUCAUCCCUAUGUUUGUAGCCAGUGACAUUGUGAACGAAUACAAGAGUGAGGAUGAAUCGAUCCACGUGAUUGAGCGGCGCUGUAAGCUGGACAUAGAUGCACCACGGCUAUUGAAAAAGAUUGCAGGAGUGGAUUAUGUCUACUUUGUCCAGAAGAAUUCUUUGAACAGGCGAGAAAGGACUUUGCAUAUAGAAGCCUACAAUGAAACCUUCUCUAAUAGAAUUGUUGUUAAUGAACACUGCUGUUACACAGUUCAUCCUGAGAAUGAAGACUGGACCUGUUUUGAGCAGUCAGCAAGUCUGGAUAUAAAAUCUUUUUUUGGUUUUGAAAGCACAGUGGAAAAGAUUGCCAUGAAGCAGUACACUAUCAAUAUUAAAAAGGGAAAAGAAGUAAUAGAAUACUACCUGAAGCAGCUAGAAGAAGAAGGAAUAACUUUUGUUCCUCGUUGGACUCCUCCUGUUGAAUGUAAACUGGAGAGCAGCACAUCCCACACAAGACAACCAGUUUCACCUGCUAUUAAUAUACCAGACUCUGCCACAAAGGAGGGCUUGAACAAGGAGAUCCUCAACACCUCCAGCAGCCCCUCAGAGCCCACAGCAGGAACACCUGAUGACAAGCUGGACGCAGACUACAUCAAGCGUUAUCUGGGUGACUUGACACCAAUGCAGGAAAGCUGCCUCAUCCGGCUGAGACAGUGGCUCCAGGAGACACACAAGGGCAAAAUCCCAAAGGAUAAGCACAUCUUAAGAUUCCUGCGUGCCCGGGACUUCAACAUUGAUAAAGCAAGAGAGAUUCUUUGCCAGUCACUGACCUGGCGUAAGCAGCACCAGGUAGACUAUAUUCUAGACACCUGGAACCCUCCUCAAGUACUCCAAGAUUACUAUGCAGGUGGCUGGCAUCACCAUGACAAAGAUGGUCGUCCACUGUAUGUGCUGAGGUUGGGACAGAUGGACACCAAAGGCUUGGUGAGAGCUCUUGGGGAAGAGGCCUUGCUUCGAUACGUUCUUUCAAUAAAUGAAGAAGGACUGAGGAGAUGUGAGGAGAAUACAAAAGUAUUUGGCAGGCCAAUAAGCUCUUGGACCUGCCUAGUGGAUCUAGAAGGCUUGAAUAUGAGGCAUUUAUGGCGACCUGGUGUCAAAGCAUUGCUAAGAAUCAUUGAGGUAGUUGAAGCCAAUUACCCUGAGACUUUGGGUCGACUUCUAAUCCUAAGAGCACCUCGAGUAUUCCCAGUUCUUUGGACACUGGUUAGUCCAUUCAUUGAUGACAACACUAGAAAGAAAUUCCUUAUUUAUGCUGGAAAUGACUACCAGGGUCCUGGGGGAUUGCUGGAUUACAUUGAUAAAGAAAUUAUCCCUGAUUUUCUUGGUGGAGAGUGCAUGUGUGAAGUACCAGAGGGUGGGCUGGUUCCCAAGUCCCUCUAUAGGACAGCAGAGGAGUUGGAAAAUGAAGACAUAAAGCUUUGGACUGAAACAAUCUACCAGUCUGCAAGUGUCUUCAAAGGAGCUCCACAUGAGGUUCUCAUUCAGAUUGUGGAUGCCUCAUCUGUGAUCACAUGGGAUUUUGACGUGUGCAAGGGCGACAUUGUUUUUAACAUCUUUCAUUCCAAAAGAGCCCCACAGCCUCCUAAAAAGGACUCUCUGGGAGCUCACAGUAUUACAUCUCCUGGUGGGAACAAUGUCCAGUUGAUAGACAAAGUCUGGCAGCUGGGGCGUGAUUACAGCAUGGUGGAGUCUCCUCUUAUCUGCAAGGAAGGGGAGAGUGUGCAGGGAUCCCAUGUCACCAGGUGGCCUGGAUUCUAUAUUCUCCAGUGGAAAUUCCAUAGCAUGCCUGCCUGUGCUACAACCAACCUGCCUCGUGUGGAUGAUGUACUUGCAUCUCUGCAGGUCUCCUCUCACAAAUGUAAAGUGAUGUACUAUACAGAAGUAAUAGGAUCUGAAGAUUUCAGGGGAUCUAUGACCAGCCUUGAAUCAAGCCACAGUGGGUUCUCCCAGCUCAGUGCUGCCACCACCUCUUCUAGCCAGUCCCAUUCCAGCUCCAUGAUUUCCAGGUAGUGCCAGAACAGAUGAAAAGCAAAUGGAUGAGAUGGCUGGACCCUCUCCCGUGGCAGCUGACUGCAACACCACGUAUUCAACUGGCAAUUGUGCAAAAAAACAAUAAUUAAAACCUACCCCUCAAAAGCCUUUUAUAGAUAGUAGCUCUUUGAAUUUUAAACUUGAGAUGUUUUGGUCCUUGCUAGAUCCAACAGCUUGUCUCUUAACUUUAACCCUUUCUCCUACUCAGCCAUAAGUAUUUUUACAAGUGUGCUUGUACAAAUCCUAACUGAACACAAGGGCUCUCACUGAAAGGGAAAAUAACCAGUGCAUCACUUAAGGAUAUCUGUUCUUUUUUUUUUUUAACCUAUGUAAGUGUUAAAAAGCAAAAA